AUGGUUGAGUUCCACAACCUCACUCCCCCUGGGUUUAUAAUCGACCUCCUUCACUUUUUGAAAAAUCUUAGACACCAUGCACGCUACCCCACCGUCAUCGAGGGCACAAUCAUCGGUGUUCUCGGGUAUCUCGCCCUGACCCGUCUCUUGCGCUGGCGAAGAUACAACGCCAUCCACCGGGAAUACAUGAAGAAAUAUCAAGAUGGAACGCUCACCCCGGAAGAGGCCCAACGCAUUAUUCUGGUAUCGACUAGCUAUGACAUGCCAUUGCUGCUGAACUAUUCGCUGGCAUUCGCCUUGUUCAAGACCUAUGCGAUUGUGAGGACGACUUUUUCACUCCAUUUGCGGGCGCUGACGAUGGCGUCACUGUCAGCCAUCGAUAUCAAGUUGUUGUCCGUGACUGGUGAAUUCAAGUCGGCAGAGACGGUUUCGAUUGAACGUUAUACGGAUACUGAGAUUCUGAUUGCUACCUGGGUGGCCUGCCCGAUUUCUGGCUUUCUGGACCCCAAUUUCAAGUCGUCAGAGAAUGGACCGCCCGCAGACGACCCGAGGGCUAUGAUUGCUCUUGCGAGAGUCAACUGGAUACACUCCCGGUACAGAAUUCGAUGGGCAGAGCGUUAUGGAUGGCGGAAGCUCUCCCCAAUGGAGUGUGAGGCGUUUUACGUCUUCUGGGCUGAAAUAGGGAGACGGAUGAAUAUGCGAGAUAUCCCCGAGUCUCGCGAAGAAAUGAUAGAAUGGAGUCGGGACUACGAGGUGAAGAAUAUGAUUCCAGCUGAGACUAAUAAAGAGGUCGCAGAGUAUACCAUGGCGGAGCUUCUCUCCGCUGUUCCGACACGUUUCGGCCUCCGGAGUUUCGCUGUCACAAGGGUGGCGCUUUGUUUGCUUGAAGAUAGGGUGAGGGUUGGGAUGAUGCAACCUGCUCAGCCAUGGAUAUACCCCUCUUUUCCAGUUAAGAUUGAUCUACCCAAGCCAACCGGGGAGAGGUGUCCAAAGCUGCAUCCAAACAAAUGGCAAUAUCGUCCUUGGUACAGACCCGAGAGCACCGGUUUGGGUUACCUCCAAAAUAAGUUUCUGGUGGCCAUUGGCUGGUAUAGCGAGAUGCCAGGGCCUCACUUGAAGAGCUCAGGCUAUCGUUUAGAGGAAAUGGGCCCUUUCAAAUUUGAAGAUUCUGCGCAUGAGGAAGUCAUGCAGAAGGCUGCUGAGCUUCAGGGUUGCCCCGUCGCUGGGCGGAAGGACGUCGUGGUGAUGAGCCUCCCCCUUGAGCAUCAGCGACAUUGUCGUUUCCUGUGGACAACAGUGGAUUAA